AUGGAGACCGGAGGACCGGCUGCAGCCAGGAGCAGCUCCUUCGCCACCCCGGGGCCUGCCAGGUACCUGACCGCUCUCGGCCUCCACUGUGGGAUGUUGGAGACCGAGGAAGAAAGACGCUGGCCGCACCUCAUCCUCUCGCUGCGCACCUGGGCUGCCAGGCACUUCCACCCCGAGGACCAGGCACCAGACUCUUUUCUGGAACGUUUCCAUGAAGCUGAGCUCAAAGAGGUGGCCAGCCGAGAAAGCAACACCCAGUCAAGUGUGGGCAGCCAGGAGCCACCAGACAGAGGGAGAAGGAAGGGGACAAAGAAGAAACGUACCCUCGUGGUGGACCCCUCGAGCAACGUGUACUACCGCUGGCUGACCGCCAUCGCCCUGCCCGUCUUCUAUAACUGGUGUCUGCUGGUGUGCAGGGCCUGUUUCGAUGAACUUCAGUCUGACUACCUGAUCCUGUGGCUGGUCCUGGACUACUCGGCGGAUGUCCUGUAUGGCUUGGACAUACUGGUGCGAGCCCGGACAGGCUUCCUCGAGCAAGGCUUGAUGGUCAGCGAUGCCGACAGGCUGUGGAAACACUACACGAAGACCUGGCACUUCAAGCUGGAUGUGCUGUCCCUGGUGCCCACAGACCUGGCUUACCUAAAACUGGGCGUGAACUACCCAGAACUGAGGUUCAAUCGCCUUCUGAAAAUCUCCCGGCUCUUCGAAUUCUUUGACCGCACCGAGACGAGGACCAACUACCCCAACAUGUUCAGGAUUGGGAACCUGGUCUUGUACAUCCUCAUCAUCAUCCACUGGAACGCGUGCAUCUACUUUGCCAUCUCCAAGUUCAUAGGUUUCGGGACAGACUCCUGGGUCUACCCAAACAUCUCCAAGCCAGAGUACGGGCGUCUCUCCAGGAAGUACAUUUACAGCCUCUACUGGUCCACCCUGACCCUGACCACCAUCGGGGAGACCCCACCCCCUGUGAAGGACGAGGAGUAUCUCUUCGUGGUCGUCGACUUCCUGGUGGGAGUGCUGAUUUUCGCCACCAUCGUGGGCAACGUGGGCUCCAUGAUCUCCAACAUGAACGCCUCGCGGGCAGAGUUCCAGGCCAAGAUCGACUCCAUCAAACAGUACAUGCAGUUCCGCAAGGUGACCAAGGACUUGGAGACGCGCGUGAUCCGGUGGUUUGACUACCUGUGGGCCAACAGGAAGACGGUGGAUGAGAAGGAGGUGCUCAAGAACCUCCCAGACAAGCUGAAGGCCGAGAUCGCCAUCAACGUGCACCUGGACACCCUGAGGAAGGUGCGCAUCUUCCAGGACUGCGAGGCGGGGCUGCUGGUGGAGCUGGUGCUGAAGCUGCGGCCCACCGUGUUCAGCCCCGGCGACUACAUCUGCAAGAAGGGGGACAUUGGGAAGGAGAUGUACAUCAUCAAGGAGGGCAAGCUGGCCGUGGUGGCCGACGACGGCGUCACCCAGUUCGUGGUUCUCAGUGACGGCAGCUACUUUGGGGAGAUCAGCAUCUUGAACAUCAAGGGGAGCAAGUCCGGGAACCGCAGGACGGCCAACAUCAGAAGCAUCGGCUACUCCGACCUGUUCUGCCUCUCCAAGGAUGACCUCAUGGAGGCCCUCACCGAGUACCCGGAGGCCAAGAAGGCCCUGGAGGAGAAGGGGCGGCAGAUCCUGAUGAAAGACAACCUGAUCGACGAGGACGUGGCCAAGGCCGGGGCGGACCCCAAGGACAUCGAGGAGAAGGUGGAGCACCUGGAGUCCUCCCUGGACACCCUGCAGACCAGGUUUGCACGGCUGCUGGCUGAGUACACCGCCGCCCAGAUGAAGGUGAAGCAGCGUCUAAGCCAGCUGGAGAGGCAGGUGAAGACCCACGGCGGCGGCCAUCCGUGGGACGCCGAGGCUCCCGGGGAUGCAGACACAGAGGACAAAGCACAGUGAGGGCCAGCAUUGUGGCGCAGCGGGUUAAGCCGCCACUUGUGACCUGGCAACCCACGUAGGAGUGCUGCUCCGCCUCCCCUCCAGCUCCCUCCUAACGCACCUGGGAAGGCGGUGGAAGACGCCCCAAGGGACCAUCGCAUGGAAGACCCAGGUGCAGUUCCUGGCUUCAGCCUUGGUUGGUGUGGCCGCUUGGGGAGUGAACCUGUAGAUGGAAGAAGAUAUCUCUUUCUUUCUCCCUCUUUCUCUGUCUCUGCCUUUCAAAUAUAUAUAUAAAUCUUAACACAUGCACACACACAUGUACACAUAUACACAUGCACACACACUGUGUACGUGCACACACACACAGGAUCUUGGUAUCUGUGUCCUGCUGCACAUCCCAGCUGCCAGUGUGACGUUCUGUGGCUGCAGCUGCACAGCACAGGCCAUGGCCAGGAGUAUAUUCCAGUACCUUCUACUCACCCUUCACAAACGGUGUGGCCAUAAGACGGAGCCUCAGUUUCCUAGCCCUACUGAAAGGCUGGGCUGUGGCAGGGCCCCAGGAAACACUGCCUGAGGCAGGGCUCUGUAGGCUGUGGAGUAUCCUCAAUUCCAGUCUAUGCAAGUAGGCAGGCAGGUUAUUUUUUAUGGAAUUCACCAGGAGUGAGUUUAGGCUUUUGAAACCCAAUUUUCUUAUAAAUAAAAGAUUAGUCACCUUCUCCCUCCCCAACAUCAUUUUCCUAACAUCUGACUGUGGAGCUAUAGUAGGAAGUGGGAAGUACAAUGUAGCAACUCAAAUCAACUUCACACGUAACAGUUUGGGGCAUACCAGUAUGCAUGGACUCCACUGGUUUUUUUUGUUGUUGUUUUUGUUUGUUUGUUUUGCAUCAAAAUCAACUUCUCUUUAAUUCCAUGUUUCCAUGGACAUUCGAAAGCUCCCUUGUAUCUCCGAGUCCGGUUUCUCCUGGUGUGUUCUUCAGAACCCCGGAAGCCCAGGCCCUCAGGGGUUCCCCUCUGAGGUCCCUCCACGUCUGUGAAGCGGACCUGGAGCCCUGCCAUUCUGCCCCCUUGGAGCCAGAAUCUGCUUCCUAGAAGAGUGUUAGGGGAAGAGACACCUGCUCCUUCCCCCUUGCCAAAGGGGCACAAGGACACUGUCUACCCUCCCGCUUGGGUCAGGGCCCCCGAGGUGCGCCAGGCCUCGACCCAAGUGGAGAGCUGUGUCCAGGCAGAGCUCUGAAGUCGGAGGCUUGAAUGGUGUCUGAGGCCCACGUCAGCCACAGCUGGGGCCAUUUCUAAGACAAGGCCUGGACGCCAGGUGUUUGCCAACGUCCCUUCACCCCUGUAGAAGAAGCCCCAGGCUCCCUUGGAAUUUCAUCCCAAGGCAAAGCUCUUAGCUAGGUGAAUGCUUGCAGAAUGCAGAAAGCAGCUGUGUUUUAAUCCAGUCAAUAGGAUUCCAUUAAAAUUGUAUAAUAGAGGUAUAAGCCUGGGUUUUAUGGUUGCAAACUAUGACCUUGUUCCAUCCUCUACUUAGGUACAUGUUGCAAAUUAGGCACAGAUGAGAAUUUCCCAUACUCCUUUUCUCUUUUUAUCUUCGUCUCUCUCUCUCUGCCUGCUGUCUUUCCUCCCCUGCUCUCCCUGCCCCACUCCUCAUUCUUCUUUUUUCUCAUGAAACAAAUUCCCUACUGAACUUCGACAAGUUGAAGGCCCCAAGGUCUGAUGUUACACUGCAUAUGCUACACGACUGAGCCCUGCUGUAGUUCCCGCAAAAGGUGCCGCAUUUGCCAUGAUGUAUUUUGCAUUUAUGUGGGUCUCUUCUUGUGUAUAGUGUGGGCCAUUGACUAUUUAAUGUUUUGGAUGGAUUAAAAGAUCUGUUAAAGGUUAUAGAUUCAGAUGCAUAUCAUCAGCAAAAUGUAACUAGCAAUGUUCCUUCAAAAUGCAUCUCUUUGAAAAGCCUUAACUAUUCAUUAUACCUGCAUUUUUGUUUGCACAGGAAAAAAUAAAGGCCUGG